ACCCUGAAACAGUGUCAGAUUUUUAUAUAAUAAAGUUUUGACUUUGAUUUUAUAUAAGAUUAUAGGGUAUAUAGUAUAUAGGUUUUGAACAGUUUCGAACAGUGUUUUGGUUUUGGGUUAUAGAAAAACUAGAAAUGAAAGUGACUUUCAAGUGUUUGUGCUUUGGUCUCUGUGAAUGUGUCUUUAUUACAAUAGCGUAAAAGGGUCUUUCUUUUUGCUGUUUUUACUGUUUUUCUUUCAAAGGUUUGAUGGGUUCAUGCUGUUGUGUUAUGUUGCAUUAUAUUACAUCCUCGGUAAUCUGGAAAGAAUUCAUGGCUUUGUUGUUGUUACAGCUUUUUUGUGUACCUUUUUCUUGGGGUUUGUAUCUAUACUAUACUACCCUUCUUCUUACUGCUAGUUAUUUCAUCAGAGCUUUCAAGGUUGUUUCAGUUCUGGAUUUUCUGAUGCAUGAAAAAUAUUGAAGGCUGAAUAUAUUGUGUUGUGAAUGGCAUCAACAUCUUGUGUUAUCAAGAGUCCAUUAGCUAUGAAAGAGACAGGUUCAAGCUGUGGUCAGUAUCCUCCUCCUAUGGCAACGUAUGAAGAGGUUGUGGACAAUCCUAAGCUCUUUUUGCAUAGCUUGGAGAAGCUCCAUGCUACAAUGGGCACCAAGUUCAUGGUUCCCAUUAUUGGGGGAAAGGAGUUGGAUUUACACCGCCUCUUUGUUGAAGUGACUUCUCGUGGAGGGAUUGAGAAAAUCAUUAAGGAUAGAAAAUGGAAAGAUAUAACUUUAGUUUUCAAUUUUCCAUCAACGGCAACAAAUGCUUCUUUUGUGCUGCGGAAGUACUAUACUUCAUUACUCUACCAUUAUGAGCAAAUCUAUUAUUUUAAAGCUCAUAAUUGGACUCAUGCAGCUUCCGAUGUUUUGCAGAGUCCAUCAUCCACCCCAGUUCCUGCUCUGAAGAUGCCGUUUUCACAUCCUUCAUCUGAAGUUCAACCAGCUGUCGUUCAACCGUUAAAUGUUAAUGCUGCUGGAUUGCCUGAAGCAAUGGCAUCAUCAUCGGCAGGGUCUCAUGUUGUCGGGGUCAUUGAUGGGAAAUUUGAAAGUGGGUAUCUAGUUACUGUCACAAUCGGUUCGGAGAAACUCAAGGGUGUACUUUAUCAAGCUCCACAGAAUACUGUGUUGCCAGCACCCGACCACAGUGCUUCGGUUAAUAACAACAACGCGGGUGUCCAUCGUCGCCGGCGUAGGAAGAAAUCAGAAAUGAAGAAGAGAGAUCCUGCUCACCCAAAACCAAACAGAAGUGGAUACAAUUUCUUCUUUGCAGAACAACACGCCAGGCUAAAACCUCUUAACCAAGGGAAAGACCGAGAGAUCAGUAGGACCAUCGGUGAACUCUGGAACAAGUUAAACGAAUCUGAAAAAGCAGUUUAUCAAGAACAAGCCAUGAAGGACAAAGAGAGGUACAAAACAGAAAUGGAGUGUUACCGUGAGAAGUUGAAGAUGGAUCAAGUGAUUAGUGAUGCGGUGCCACUUCAACAGCGACAUCCUGAAGCUGAUACUGACAUGAAAUUUGAUGAAGCUGAGGCAGAUUCUCUUCAAACACCGGAGGAGAGCAGUUCGGUCGGAAGCGAGUAUGAAGAUGAUAAAGGCAUGGAGAAAGAUUUUAGUGUGGAUGCAUUUCCUGUUAUAGGAGUUGGAGCUGAGGCUAUGGAUUCAGUAGAGAAAUCAUGCAAGGGGGGUUUAUGAGCUUCUUUAUUAGGUUCUUAGAAGAAGAAAGCACAUAAGAUAGAUUUUCUCAAGAAUAUUUUUAUAUGUUUCAUUGUAUUGGAGUGAUUACCUGCUAUUAUCAGUGUUUGGUCAUUUUAUUAUUCAAUUUAAGGUGUUCCUUUUGGUUUAA